AUGUCGCUCGAGAGCCUCCAGGAGCGGCUCGCGGCCCUGCAGGAGACCACCGCGCAACUCAGGGACCUGAUCGAUCGCCUGGCCAAUGUCGAGUUUGAGCCGGGGUCUGUGCCGUUGACCAUCGAGGAGGAGGGGAGUGUGAGUGGAGAGCUGAGUGCGGAGGCGGGCCUGAUGCUGAGGACGGGACUGGAGGAGCAGCAGCUGUUGUGCGAGGAGGUCAAGUAUCUGCGGAGGGGAGGGCAUGAGAAGGAGAGGCUUGAGGAUGGGAUUGAGAGGGUGGGGAGUGAGCUGGCUAGCUAUCGAUCAUCGCUUCGAAAAGCACGGCUAUCUGCAAAGGGGAACCUAGAGCGAGCGCGCAGACAAGAACGAGAGCUCCUCGUCCAAUCCCUCGCCGAAGCCGUGUCUGAGACGAAUGCCUCUGCCGGCGGCAGCAGCAGCAGCAGCGCCGAAGACUCACAGCCAGCCCCGAAACCGCCGCGGCACACCUACGCCCAGCAACAUCACCACCACCGGCCUCUGCAGUCGAGCCUUUCAGAGGAAGACCGGCAGACGGUGGGCGCGAGCAGCAACGUGACCAACGCGCUGCGGCGGACGCACGCCCUCAUCGCGGCGGAGCUGACCAAGAGCGAGUUCGCGCGGCAGACGCUGUCCGAGUCGUCGGCCGCGCUGCGGAAGCUGGACGAGUCAUACACGUCGCUGGACGGCAUGCUGGCCAGCUCGCGGGACCUGCUGGGGACGCUGCUGCGGUCCCAGAAGAGCGACACGUGGUACCUGCAGACGGCGCUGUACAUGCUCAUGGUGACGGGGGCGUGGCUGGUGUUCCGCAGGCUGUUGUACGGGCCGCUGUGGUGGCUCGUGUGGUUGCCGCUGCGCAUCAUGUUUGGGGUGGGGACCAAGGCCGGGAGCGCGGUGAUGCAUAGUCGGGGAGGAGGAGGAGGAGGAGGAGGGGCAGGAGGACAACCUGGGCAGUCUGGGACGGCUGGGGUGGUGCUUGAUGGGGAGAUUCGGGUCGAUGGGAUGCCGGAUGAGAGCUUGCCGACUGCAAAGGUGGGAGGAGGGGAGAAGAACGUGGUUGAUGAGGGUGGGGAUGAGUCCAUGGUUGACAAGGUGGGCAAGAUUGUGGAUGCUGUACACGAGGCGGAUGAGUUAGGUUCGAUACCUAGGGAGGUUGAGGAAGGUCACGUCGACGUGCUAGAAGGGGAGGAAGCGGAGGUUGUAGUGGAGGAUUCCCGCUCCAGAGAUGAGCUAUGA